AUGGGCAAAUGGCAAUGGUGGAACGACAAAGAGUGGGUAGAUUAUAGUGAAAAAGUGAGCGACCUUAUUACCGAAGAGAAGAAGAAAGAUGCCACGCUAUAUCGAGCAGACGUUGACAAAGAGCGUUAUGUCUCUGUCGAUACUCUUCAGAACAUAUAUCAAACAUUUCACAAAGACCUUCCCGACGAUAUCAAAGGGGUUUGUGCACUUCAGCAUCGCAAGGAUGAUGCCAAUAAAGUUCGUUUAGUUCGCGAGGUACAAGACUUUCCCAUCUUCAAAGAGAGUAUUUUCUUCUAUGGUGAGAAGGAAUACAACAAGAGUAUAACACGCCUUACCGCGGAGGUGAAUGGGGCUCAAAUAGCAGAUGAUUAUACUUCAGCAGAUUACAUCGUCCUCCCGUACACUGCCAAAUUUACAGAGAACAUGUCGAAGAUCGUCGAUUAUUGUAAAGCAUCAAAAAAGGAGUUAUAUGAUACCGAUUGGGUUGAUGAAUCCGUUCAAAACGGAUUCAUAUCCAACACUACUAUUACACAGAAGUGGGUCGACUUAGUCGAUGAAUGGAAAAAUGACCAAGCAACUUUUGUCCUUAAACAUGGCUUCGAUCCGCUCGAGCAAAUCUCAGAGGAACCAGAUUCUGAGAAGGAUGAGGGAUCUGGAUCUGAAAAUGAUGAAACCUCAAACUCCGAAGGCAAUGGAAAUGGCUUUUUUGGGGUACCCCCAUUUGUUGCUUCACCGAAACCUGAUGUAAAGAUUAUUCCUGUGAAAAACAACAUCUACGAAGGCAAAUUGACAUACACGACAUUGAAAGAGGAAUACGUCUUUCAAAUGUACUUUGAUGGUGAUGAGAAUGAUAAAGUGAGUGGGAUGAUCACAUGGAUUUCAUUGCACAAGUGUCAGACUCGAUUUGAAGGAAUAAGAAAAGACAAUACAUUGAAUAUUAAAGAAACUAAAUUCUUGAGAGGAUCAAGCUUUUCGGAGUUGGGAGAGUACAAUUUGGUUGUUAAAAGCGCUAAUAUUAUAGAAGGGUCAUUGGCAGGCGACUUGACUGCUAAGAUUAAAGUCACUAAAGUGGUACCAACUAAAAGAUGCCCCGUUCUCGACUCAAUGGACUUCUUUAAAAAUACUACAAAAGCAAAGUUUGAGAUGCAAAUGAACUUGAGUGGAGAAGUUACUAAAGAUGGAAAUGGGUAUGUCUUUGUAGUCCAAAGAGGUGAUAAAGAAGUCAGAAUUCCUCUUAAAAAAGACGGAGAAGAUAUUGCAAUUAAUUUGUGUGCCGCGCAUGAUAUUAUCAAGGAAUGUCCAAAUUCUGAAAUGUAUGAAACAGAAAAGGGAAUUGAAGCUUUGCUACUGGAAGAAGAGAAUGUCAAGACAACCAUUCAGUUCAAUGAAAAUUGA